AUGUCGGCUCAUCGGCCAAACGCCUUUAACAGCCUCCGGAUGGGAGAGGUUAUCCGCGAGAAGGUUCAGGAUGGAAUUACCGGCGAGACUCGGGACCUGCAGUACACUCAGUGUAAGAUUGUAGGAAACGGCUCUUUCGGUGUCGUUUUCCAGACCAAGCUGUCCCCAUCAGGAGAGGAUGCUGCCAUCAAACGGGUUCUCCAAGACAAGAGGUUCAAGAACCGUGAACUCCAGAUCAUGCGUAUUGUCCGUCACCCCAACAUCGUCCAGCUCAAGGCCUUCUACUACUCCAACGGCGAACGUAAAGAUGAGGUCUACCUGAACCUCGUUCAAGAAUUUGUGCCCGAGACCGUUUACCGAGCCUCUCGAUUUUUCAACAAGAUGAAGACAACCAUGCCCAUCCUCGAGGUCAAGCUUUACAUCUACCAGCUCUUCAGAGCCUUGGCCUACAUCCACUCUCAAGGCAUCUGCCACCGAGAUAUCAAGCCUCAGAACCUUCUUCUCGACCCCAACAGCGGUAUUCUCAAGCUCUGCGAUUUCGGAAGCGCCAAGAUUUUGGUCCCCAACGAGCCUAACGUUUCCUAUAUCUGCUCCCGAUACUACCGUGCACCGGAACUCAUCUUCGGUGCUACGAACUACACUACGAAGAUUGAUGUUUGGUCAACCGGAUGUGUCAUGGCCGAGCUCAUGCUUGGUCAACCUCUUUUCCCUGGCGAGUCAGGUAUUGACCAGCUCGUUGAGAUUAUCAAAGUUCUGGGUACUCCAACUCGGGAACAGAUUCGAACAAUGAACCCCAACUAUAUGGAGCACAAGUUCCCUCAAAUUAAGCCUCAUCCCUUCAACAAGGUUUUCCGAAAGGCGGACGCCAACGCUAUUGACCUCAUUGCUCGCCUGCUCGAGUACACUCCCACCGAGCGACAAUCUGCAAUUGAUGCCAUGGUCCACCCCUUCUUCGAUGAGCUUCGCGACCCCAACACUAAGCUUCCCGACUCGCGACACGGAACUGGCCAGCUCCGUGAUCUCCCCGCUCUCUUCGACUUCACUCGUCACGAACUCUCAAUCGCCCCUAGCCUCAACCCUAAGCUUGUCCCAGCACACAUCCGCCCCGUUCUCGCAUCGCAAGGCCUUGAUAUCGACCACUUCACACCCUUGACGGAGCAGGAGAUGAUGGCGAAACUGGAUUGA